AUGUCUCUCUCCUCUGAAGCUCUCGUCAAAAGGAUCAAUCUUUCUUCAUGCAAUGGCCCUAGCAAUGCAACGGUCGUCGUCGUCCCCCUCCCAAAGAAGACGGUCGGAGUAAUCUUCGGGCAAAUGAUUGCAGAAUGGCCUCAACGCUUCAAUACUUACCUCCUCGACGUCAACGACAACAUCGUCAUGGAUCCCCAAGUUCUUUGGGAUGCCAGGUCCGAUGGGUCCCGCUUCAACGUCACUGAGAUAGUCCCGCAGAGCGCCAUGCCCAUGGACAGCCAUGUUCUCAGUCUCGGUCCGUACAACGAGGAUCGAAACAUUGCAAUCUAUUGUUCCCACAAGAAGGCCGGACAAAGCAGCUACACUCAGAGUGACCCACGCCACACUUUCAUUGGCGGAAAGAACGCCAUUACUUUCACCAUGGUCAAGCCUGUUAUUUUCCAGCAAUUCGGGCCUAUAAUUGAUUGUUCUUAUCUGCAGAUCAAUGCCGAAGACGGAGGUGACACUGAUUACCAUGACACUGUUGUUGGAGUUGCUGUCAACUUCAUGACCAAGUAA